CUCUCAUUUAAUUUAAACCCCUCUUCUAAAAACUCUCAAAAUAUCUUCUACUCACCUUCCCUCCAGUUUCGACCUAGAGAGAGUUAAGAGAGAGAUGAGAGAGGUGAUAAGCAUUCACAUUGGACAGGCUGGGAUUCAAGUGGGAAAUUCUUGCUGGGAGCUCUACUGUCUCGAGCAUGGCAUUCAACCUGAUGGAAUGAUGCCCAGUGACAAUACAAUAGGUGUUGCACAAGAUGCUUUUAAUACCUUCUUCAGCGAGACAAGUGUUGGCAGGCAUGUGCCUAGGGCAAUAUUUGUUGAUCUGGAACCCACUGUUGUUGAUGAAGUUAGGACUGGAAUCUACAGACAACUUUUUCACCCUGAGCAACUUAUCUCUGGUAAAGAGGAUGCUGCUAAUAACUUUGCCAGAGGACAUUACACAGUCGGGAAAGAUAUCAUCGAUCUAUGCCUUGAUCGAGUGAGAAAGUUAGCUGACAAUUGCACCGGCUUACAAGGUUUUUUGGUAUUUAAUGCCGUGGGUGGUGGCACUGGUUCUGGUUUGGGGUCUUUACUUCUAGAGCGCUUGUCUGUAGAUUACGGGAAAAAGUCAAAACUUGGGUUCACCAUCUUUCCUUCUCCUCAGGUUUCAACUGCAGUUGUGGAGCCUUACAACAGUGUGUUGUCCACUCAUUCCCUCCUUGAACACACAGAUGUUGCUGUGCUCUUGGAUAAUGAAGCUAUAUAUGAUAUCUGCAGGAAAUCAUUAGACAUUGAGAGGCCAACUUACACCAACCUGAACCGUUUGAUAUCUCAAGUUAUCUCGUCUUUGACCACAUCCUUGAGAUUUGAUGGGGCCAUCAACGUGGACGUUACGGAGUUCCAAACCAACCUUGUGCCAUAUCCUCGUAUUCAUUUCAUGCUCUCAUCUUAUGCACCAGUGAUCUCAGCUGCAAAAGCUUUCCACGAGCAGUUAUCUGUUCCUGAGAUCACAAAUGCUGUUUUUGAGCCUUCAAGUAUGAUGGCCAAGUGUGACCCAAGGCAUGGGAAGUACAUGGCAUGCUGUCUAAUGUAUCGUGGUGAUGUAGUUCCCAAAGAUGUCAAUGCUGCUGUUGGUACCAUCAAGUCAAAACGGACAGUUCAGUUUGUUGAUUGGUGCCCAACUGGUUUCAAGUGUGGCAUCAAUUACCAGCCCCCAACAGUUGUUCCUGCUGGUGAUCUUGCCAAGGUGCAGCGUGCAGUUUGUAUGAUAAGUAACAACACAGCCGUGGCUGAGGUUUUCUCCAGAAUCGACCACAAAUUUGAUCUCAUGUAUGCCAAGCGAGCAUUUGUCCACUGGUACGUGGGCGAAGGCAUGGAGGAAGGGGAGUUCUCAGAAGCCCGUGAAGAUCUUGCUGCUCUUGAGAAAGACUAUGAGGAAGUUGGGGCAGAAGGCGUUGAAGAGGAAGAUGAAGGGGAAGACUAUUAAAUGUAAUUUUGUUGGGGUAUAAUUCUUGUCCUUUUCAACUAUAAUCAAUUUUUUUCCAGUUGUUUCUGUUAUGCUUUAUGCUAUUUGUUAACUGAGAGAGCUGCUCUUCUCAGUGUUCCAAUAUGGUUUUUGUUUCAAGCAAGAUUUACAAUGACUGAAAUAUUAUUUUUUUCAUUGCUUUUUC